GUGGUUGCGUGUGGAGCCGAGACGGGCGAAGUAGGGACCAGUUCCGGCUUCCGCACACGCGUUACAGGGGAGGAAGCCGGGCGGCUGGCAGAGGCGCGGAGUCAGAACGUGAAAAAUGCCUAAAAAAAAGACUGGUGCACGCAAGAAAGCUGAGAAUCGUCGAGAGCGUGAAAAGCAGAUAAGAGCUUCCAAAGGCAACAUCGAUUUAGCUAAACAUCCUUGUAAUGCCUCAAUGGAGUGUGAUAAAUGUCAAAGACGACAGAAGAACAGAGCCUUUUGCUACUUCUGUAGCUCUGUCCAGAAGUUGCCUAUUUGUGCACAAUGUGGCAAAACAAAGUGCAUGAUGAAGUCUUCAGAUUGUGUCAUAAAACAUGCUGGUGUAUAUAGUACUGGCCUUGCAAUGGUGGGUGCUAUCUGUGACUUCUGUGAAGCUUGGGUGUGCCAUGGCAGGAAGUGUCUCAGUACACAUGCUUGUAUCUGCCCUCUUGCGGAUGCAGAAUGCAUUGAAUGUGAAAGAGGUGUGUGGGAUCAUGGAGGCAGAAUAUUUGGUUGUUCUUUUUGCCAUAAUUUCCUCUGUGAAGAUGAUCAGUUUGAGCAUCAAGCCAGCUGCCAAGUUUUGGAGGCAGAGACAUUUAAAUGUGUUUCCUGUAACAGGCUUGGGCAGCAUUCAUGCCUCCGUUGUAAGGCUUGUUUCUGUGAUGAUCACACACGAAGCAAGGUUUUUAAGCAAGAAAAGGGAAAAGAGCCUCCCUGCCCUAAAUGUGGACAUGAAACUCAGCAGACAAAGGAUCUGAGCAUGUCAACACGCUCUCUGAAAUUUGGCCGGCAGACUGGAGGUGACGAGGCAGAUGGAGCUUCUGGAUAUGACAACUACUGGAAGAACCUAUCAUCUGCAAAGACUGGGGAUACAGGUGAUCAUGACAAUGAAUGUGAUGAGUAUGAAGCAGAAGAUGAUGAGGAGGAAGACAAUGAUGAUGGAGGGAAGGAUUCUGAAUCGGAGACCACAGAUUUAUUCAGUAACUUGAAUUUAGGAAGGACAUAUGCUAGUGGCUAUGCCCACUAUGAGGAACCUGACGACUGAGAUUACUUGUUGGGAAGUACAGAGCAUGGAAGGAAUAAAUAUAAUGCUUGCUUUAUGAAUUGUGUGUGCGCACACUAGAAUAGCUGUGCCAGGCACUUCGGUGUUAAAGCUUAUUAGGGAAAGAGUAUGGAAUUUCUGUAAAAAUUCAAGAUAAAGUGACAGCUUGGAGAAGAGAACAGGUGAACAACACUGUAGUGGUUUUUGAUUCCAUGUGACAGACUGUAACAACUUAAUGCUUUCUCUCCUACCAAGUUGGGCCUGUGAGAAUGUAAAGAAAUUUGUUUCCAUUCUCCAGAAAUUAAGUUAUUUUUCUUCAGUAAUUUUGAUUUAUAUUCUGUUAUCUAGUUUCAUAAAUUUAUAGUAAUGGUAGAAGUGGGUGAUUGUAUUCUUUUUGACCUAAAUAAUAAGAGUCAGCUUCAUUCCAUAGCA